CCAGAGCGUGUGGUGUGAUUUUCUAGUCUGUCUUCAACCUUUGACAGAUAAGACUUGAGUCGCAAUUAUGGCUGUUGGAAAGAACAAGCGCUUGUCAAAGGGCAAGAAGGGUGUCAAGAAGAGGACUGUCGAUCCCUUCACCAGGAAAGAUGAGUACUCUGUGAAGGCCCCUUCCACCUUCCAGAUCCGAGAUGUUGGAAAGACCCUCGUCAACCGCACCAGUGGUCUCAAGAAUGCGAAUGAUUCGCUUAAGGGUCGGAUUUUCGAAGUUUCUCUUGCCGAUCUCCAGAACGACGAAGACCACGCCUUCCGCAAAGUCAAGCUCCGCGUCGAUGAGAUCCAAGGAAAGAACUGUCUCACCAACUUCCAUGGUCUGGAUUUCACCACCGACAAGCUGCGAUCCCUUGUGCGUAAGUGGCAGUCGCUCAUUGAGGCCAACGUCACUGUGAAGACGACCGAUGAUUAUCUUCUCCGUCUGUUCACCAUUGCCUUCACCAAGAGACGCCCGAACCAGAUCAAGAAAACCACAUACGCCCGCUCUUCCCAGAUCCGCGCUAUCAGGAAGAAGAUGACCGAGAUUAUGCAACGCGAGGCUGCCAGCUGUUCCCUUGCCCAGCUUACCACGAAGCUUAUCCCUGAGGUCAUUGGCCGUGAAAUUGAGAAGGCAACCCAGGGAAUCUAUCCUCUGCAGAAUGUCCACAUUCGCAAGGUCAAGCUUCUGAAGGCUCCCAAAUUUGAUCUGGGUGCUCUGCUUAACCUGCAUGGCGAGUCUACAACUGAUGACAAGGGCCACAAGGUGGAGAGGGAGUUCAAGGAGCAGGUUCUUGAGAGCGUCUAAGGGAUCAAUUACGGUUCCGUGGCUGUUAUGUUUAUUUUAUGCAGUCAUGCAUGGAUGCAAGCUUGUUCCUUGGAGAGAAAAUAAGUAAAAAUCGGGUAGUGUAUUAGCCGCCAAUGACAAUUUCUUAAGUUCGUGUGCACAAAUCACCAGUAUCAUGCUAGCAGCAAUAUCCAUGUAUCCACAUCCUUUAUACCAUCAGACCCCAGGUUUAGAGGGAGUGUAUGUAUGUUGAUUGAGCCACAGCUGUACGGUGGCUGUACGAUAAAUAUGGUAAAAUAUUACAUACAAUUAGUAGGUCAUGAUUGUACGACUAAGUUAUUAUUUGAGGUUCU